AUGUCUUCUGUAGAAUUAGGACCAUCGCUUUAUUCUUCUCCAAUUCAGUCUCCUAUUCCGGACAUUGCUGCUCUGUUUGAUUCACAUGCUGCUCUGCCUACUGCAUCGAGCAUACCUGAAAGAGGAACUGACGCUCGAAGUGAAGAAACCCCUUUUGAUAAUGACGACGGUGUUGAGCCUGUUGCCCCUGGUGAUUAUAAUGACGAAGUCCCUGUUGCUGAUACUGUCGAUCCGGGUGCUCAACAAGAACCUUCAUCAGUUCCUACAGAACUAAAGCCAGCUAGGAAGAAAGGUCAACAAAUUCGACGAAACAUUACCACCAAAGCUGGUAGAAAGAAAAUUCCUCUCAAUAUUCCAUCAGUCCCAAUUGAUGGUAUAUCAUUUCAUCUUGAAGAAAACAUACAUCGUUGGAAGUUUGUUGUGCAACGGAGGAUAGCAGACGAGGUAAAUAUUUCAGACAAACAUCAUUCAUGUGUGAGCAUUAUGAAUCUGAUUGAGAAGGCUAGAUUGUCUAAAACUAUUUCGGACGUGUACCCGUUUUAUCCUCAACUUAUUAGAGAAUUUAUAGUUAAUUUGCCAACUAAUGUCAAUGACCCAAGUAGCCCGGAUUAUCUGACGGUUCAUAUUAGGGGCUUUAAAUUUACAAUUUCUCCUACUAUGAUAAAUGGUUUUCUGGGAAAUGUUGUUUCCAUUAACUUUUCUCCAUCAUCCUCGUCAACUGAUGUUUUGGCCUCUGAAUUGUCUAGAGUGACAUUAUCCUCGUGGCCUGUGAAUGGUAUACCUGCUGUUGUGCUAAGUGUUAAGUAUGCCAUAUUGCAUAAGAUUGGUAUUGCCAAUUGGUUUCCUUCAUCCCAUGCCUCUAGUGUUUCUGCUCGUUGGGCACAUUCUUGUAUCGCAUCUACAAUGAUGACAGGGUAG